UCACCAUUACUCUUCCGACUUGCGCUCCUUGUCCCUGAUCUUUGUUCAAAAAUUGUAUUUAAUGAGCGUCGUGUAGCUCUGCACUCUUACUGCUUUGCUAGAACUUUUUCGCGUUACAGAAGCUGAAAAAAAUCCAGUCAACAACCCGGGAAAACGAGAAAUCACCUUCCCGACAAGCAGCGAGGCAACAGAACAACACAAACAAGCUGCAAUCAUGGCAGACGCCCAAGUACGAGCAAAAGUUCACCAGAAGCUUGUCGAGUCUGGAGAAUAUGAGAGGAUAUCGACCCAUUUGCGCCAGAAACUGGUCGAGUCCGGUUGGUAUGAUCAAGUUAAUCAGCUCGCGUCAGAGAAACUGCGUGCUCAAGACAACCCCAACUUCAACAAACUCGUCGACGAUAUCGAGCCUAAAGCUCUAGACAGCGUCCCAGACGAGAUCAAAAUCGACGCGCUCAACAUGAUCAAGAAGUUCUUAGACGGCAUUGUUGAGAAAUAGUCUUUUGACCACUUUUCAUUCACUCAUUCACUCCAUCUCUCUUUCGCUAUCUCAUGUGCAUGCACAGUGCAUAUUAUCCCUGUCGCAGCAGGGAAGGCACUCGUGACGCGAUCGCUUGCAACCGUACGCGGCCCCACCUCUCUUGUUCGUCUUCACUUUUGCCUGCUCUUUAAUGAUAUUCCCAAAGUGCAUUUCUUUUUGUUUUAUAUCAUGAUCCGCCGUUUUGCUUUUACUUUACCUUGUGUUUUUCACUAUAGUUUGUAGGUUUGGAAACGGGAGUUUACUUUUUUCUUUACAGUUUUUUGCAUGAAUUUUCCGUUUGUAUUAGGUUAUAUAGUCUGGUAAUCUUGAUAGCAAUUCAUCUCACA